AUGACUGGCCGUGGAAAGGGUGGCAAGGGCCUCGGCAAGGGCGGUGCCAAGCGUCACCGAAAGAUUCUUCGUGACAACAUUCAGGGCAUCACCAAGCCUGCUAUCCGACGUCUCGCCCGUCGUGGUGGUGUCAAGCGUAUCUCUGCCAUGAUCUACGAGGAGACCCGCGGUGUUCUCAAGUCCUUCCUCGAGGGUGUCAUCCGCGAUGCCGUCACCUACACUGAGCACGCCAAGCGCAAGACCGUCACCUCGCUGGACGUCGUCUACGCUCUCAAGCGACAGGGCCGCACCCUCUACGGUUUCGGUGGUUAG